AUGUCAACGUCGCGCAGAGUUGCACAAGACUCGGCUCCUCCAUCACAGGCAGUCAAGUCGGGGUCGACUUUUGCGGCAGCUUUCCAUUACACAGAACCCAACAGAGCUGCUCAAUCCGCCCCGCGUCCAGCGACAUCCGCUGUCCAUCAGUCGGGCAUGAGCGGCCUCUCGCCGCGCCGUCGGGCUGCCCAGGCGGCUGCCAUGAACGGCUAUGUCGCCAGUCCUGAUCUUCCUCCUCCGCCACCGCCCAUGUACGUUCGAGCGUUGUAUAAUUAUGACGCCGAUGAUCAAACCAGCCUGAGUUUUCGCGCAGGGGAUAUUAUCCAGGUCUUGACGCAACUUGAGAGUGGGUGGUGGGAUGGGGUGAUCAAUAAUGUCCGGGGCUGGUUCCCCAGUAAUUAUACGGUCGAGAUAUCAGACGUAAACGAGCUGGUCGAAUUGACGGGCCAGGACGGGAGUGACGCAGGAUCGGGGACCGAGGAGGAUUACGAUGAUGAAGAGGAGGUUUCGGAUGCUCGCACACAGGACGAAGACUCCGACCUACCUAUAGAAGGUGGUACGGAGCAGCCUCAAGAAGAGGCCGCCUUUUGGGUUCCCCAGGCGACUCCAGAUGGGCGUCUGUUCUACUUCAAUACCUUGACCGGGGUUAGUACCAUGGAAUUGCCAUUAGAAACGCCAACAAGCUCGGAUGAGACUGGGCCAAGGGACCGCAAUAACUUUCACGUACCGGACCAGACCAGACCGCCUCCUGAAAUGAUGGCGGGGAGGUAUGAGCAGAAUGAGGAGGAUUACGAUGGGUCGGCCUCUGAAGCGGAUGGUGAACAAUCUUUCCGUUCAUCGCACAAGAAGGGCUCCAUGACUUCUGGUAGUAUUUCCACAUCAACGUCGAUGGAUUCGAUCGAUGUAAGUGCCGCGAGGCAGGCCGGUAACCAGGUUUCAAAUCCUCUCACAAGCACAUUCGGGACCUCAAUGGCACUGCCGCCACUAGGAACGACUGCCACUUCAUUCACUGUGCCGCCGCACCAGAAGCUCUCCAAGUCACCAACGCCCAAAUAUUUCCUGGAUGAUACAGGCGCAGCACCUGUCACGUGGAACACGCUUGUCGAGAACAUGCGCACGGCGAUCGACGCGUAUCGGCGUGCUAUUCGGCUCCAGGCACGAGCUGAGUAUGUUCGAAAAGCUGAAGAUAUCUCCGAUCACUUGCGAAUGUUACUUGCUGCAGGCUCAGGGACAACUGACAACCAUUCUGGAAAUCCAUCAAUCAUCUCACAGAACAAGGCGUUGUAUCCUCACUUUAGGGAGAUGAUGUCCAAAUUCUCUAAGCUCGUCCUAUCCUCUCAUAUUGCCGCCGCCGACUGGCCAGGACCGGAUGCUUUGACCAAGUGUCUGCAAGAAGCUGAAGGUGUCAUGAAUGGUGUAUACGGGUAUGUUGAUGUGGCCAGACAACAACGCGGUGAAGAGAUACCUCGACUCAUCCCAGGCUUUAUUAUCGGGAGCAAGGUUGGAGGAAGUUGGAAAGGCAACAACCUCGACAGCCAGGUCAAUCGUGAGGGAACUUCUUUUAUGGAAUCUGGUGAUGAACUCGGCUUACGGCCCUCUCUACCACUUGAUGCCACUCUGCUACAACAAAUCGAUGAUUGCAAGAGCAACCUGAUAGCUGCGAUUCGCAGUCUAGAAGAGAGUCUCGUCCUAACCGACAAGAUUGUGACACCGACACGACAAUCUGCUAUUGGCGACGAUGUCUGCCAUGGAGCAAGCAUAGUCAUUGACUACUUCCGGCCAUGGAUCCAUCUCAUUGAAUCUAUUGACCUUUCUGGCCUGGGAAACAUCUUCCAAAAAUCAACCCCGGUAGAAUUUGGGUCGCAGAAGCAAAGAGUAUACGACUCCGUAGGCGAGGUCAUUGUGUGCUGCCAGGCCGUGACAGCACCCCUACCAGACGAAUGGGCCGAGAUUCGGGGAGAGUCUCUGGAUACUCGUAUGAACAACGUACGUGGUGCAUGCAAGCAAAUGGAGACAGAUGUAUCCAACUUGGGUCACUCGCUGCGGUUGUUACUGCCUGCUUCACACCUCAAUGCCUCCGGGGUCGCAAACAAGCGGGACCAUCGGGUUACGGACGGAGGCGAGACCUAUCAAAGUCACCAUCUGAGAGCCGACUCUAAUCAUGCCGCUAAUCUUCGCCCAGGAUUGGCUGACAUUGGCCCGUCAAAGUCCUACACGAUGGGUCAAGAGCCGCCAGCAGCUGAAAGGGGCCGUCGUCCUCCUACCAAAGACAAAGCAAGACAAUUCUUUGGCCAGAUCCCGCCAAAUCUGACACAACUCAAAACUUCCAACCUCGAGCCCAGCUUCAAUUCUGACGAUGUGCCAUGGUACUUGCAGCUUGAUCAUGCUGACGAAGUCAUAUAUGACACAAAGACCGACCCCCCUCAAGUCAAGAGCGGCUCAUUGACCGGCUUGGUCGAACAGCUUACGAGACAUGACCGGCCUGAUACCACUUUCACGACCACAUUUCUCCUCACCUAUAGAUCCUUCACGACAGCGUCAGAACUAUUUGAACUUUUGGUCAAACGCUUCAACCUUCAGCCACCUCCGGGUUUGAACAGAGAUGAGUUUCUGAUCUGGGAGGAACACAAACAGAAACCGGCGCGAUUUCGAGUGCUGAACAUUCUCAAAGCCUGGCUUGAGGUUUAUUGGAUGGAGUGUGAUAACGAAAAGAGCAGGGAAUUACUUGAACGCAUUACAUCAUUUGCGCAGAAUGCGUUGAACAGUACCAAAAUUCCCUUGGCCAAGGUUUUGAUUACUAUUAUCGACCAACGACUCAAAGGACAGGAGACGUCCUCGAAGAAGAUGGUCCUUACCAUAACGAACUCUGCCCCCACCCCGAUCUUGCCCAAGAAUAUGAAGAAAUUGAAAUUUCUAGACAUUGAUCCAACUGAAUUUGCACGGCAGUUGACCAUCAUGGAAUCCCGGCUCUAUGCCAAGAUCAAACCUUCCGAGUGUUUAGCGAAAACAUGGGAGAAGAAGGCUCCAGACAUGCCUCCGUUCCAGAAUGUGCAAGCGGCCAUAUUGCACUCCAAUCAGUUGACCAAUUGGACGGCUGAGAUGAUCUUAGCACAACCUGAGGUGAAGAAGAGAGUCGUCGUCGUGAAGCAUUUUGUUGCCAUCGCCGAUAAAUGCCGGGCGCUGAAUAACUUUUCAGCUGUGACUGCAAUUAUCUCUGCGUUUGGAACAGCACCGAUCCUACGCCUCGGACGAACCUGGCAAGGAGUCAAUCCAAAGACGUCGGCAAUGCUGGAGUCGAUGCGACAGUUGAUUUCCACAGCAAAGAACUUCUCGCAAUAUCGGGAGACCCUGGCAGCUGCAACUCCGCCUUGCAUUCCAUUCAUGGGCGUCUACAUGACGGAUUUGAUCUUCAUUGAAGACGGGAUUCCGUCCCUUGCGAAGAACUCGGAGCUGAUUAACUUCUCAAAGCGAACCAAGACGGCUGAAGUUAUUCGGCUGAUCCAACAAUACCAGAAUGUUCCAUAUAAUCUCAACCCUGUACCAGACUUGCAGGAAUGGAUCGCGGAGAAUAUGAGGAAUGCUGGUGAUGUCCAAGAGAUGUAUGCGCAAAGCUUAAAGAUUGAGCCUCGGGAGCGAGAAGAGGAAAAGAUUGCCAGACUAUUGUCGGAGUCUGGGUUCUUGUGA